CCACUGCCCGCCCCGCGCCGCUCGGUCGGUGGCGGCCCGCUUGCCGCCCUGUGGCUGUUCGCGCCUGCCCGGGCCCGCCCCUCAGCGCCGCUCAGGGUCUCGGCCUGGGCCUGGCCCCAACCCGGCGCUCGGUCCUUGCCCCCAGAGGGACUGCGUGUGCCUGUCCCACCGCUGGAAGGGGCCAGGAGGAGGCUCGCGGAGCUUGACACCCAGGAGCCCCUCAGUGGACGUGUGUGCGGAGAGCCGUGAGCCUCAUCCAUGCUGUGAGCCUCAUCCAUGCUGCCCGACGUCCCCACUGCACACCUGGGACAUUGGUCAGCUUCCUUUGUGUUCCAGUGGACAGCGGUCCCGCUGGCUCGCUAGCUCCCCAUGGAGGACGGGGGUUCAACGACCUCUGCAGAGGAUAGCCGGGGCCCGGGCGGGAGCCCCCCGCUGCCGGUGCCCCCGGAGGGCCCCGCCGCGCCUGCCGCCUUGGAGCCCGGCAAGUCCUGGUCCUCAGCCCACAGACACGCGAGCAGGAGGCCCGGGCUGUCGAAGCUCUGCCAGAGCCGCAUGCUGCUGUCAGAGGAGAGGUGGAGCUCUUACUGCCUGUCGUCACUGGCUGCCCAAAACAUCUGCACGAGCAAGGUGCACUGUGUGGCCUCGCCGGGGCGGACGGGCCUCGCGGGGCCCCUGGGCAGCGCGUCCUGCUGCUCCCUGCUGCGGGGCUUGUCCUCGGGGGGGUCCCCACCGCUGCUCCCGGCCCCUGUGUGCAACCCCAACAAGGCCGUGUUCACCGUGGACGCCAAGACCACAGAGAUCCUGGUGGCCAACGACAGAGCAUGCCGGCUCCUGGGCUACAGCAGCCACGACCUCAUUGGCCAGAAGCUCACUCAGCUCUUCCUGAAGCCAGACCCCGAUGUGGUGCAGGCCCUCAGCGAGGAGCAUGUGGAGGCUGACGGGCAUGCCGCCGUCGCUUUCGGCACCGUGGUGGACAUUGUGAGCCGCAGCGGGGAGAGGAUCCCGGUGUCCGUGUGGAUGAAGAGGGUGAAGCAGGAGAGCAGCCUCUGCUGCGUGGUCAUGCUGGAGCCCGUGGAGCGGGUCUCGGCCUGGGUGGCGUUCCGGAGCGACGGCACCGUGACGUCCUGUGAUGGGCUUUUCGCGCACCUGCACGGCUUCGCGUCUGGGGAGGAGGUGGUUGGGCAGCACAUCACAGACCUCAUCCCUUCCCUGCAGCUCCCCCCUCCUGGCGAGCACAUCCCCACGAAUCUCAAGAUUCAGAGGUCCGUCGGAAGAGCCAGGGAUGGUGCCACCUUCCCCCUGAGCCUGAAGCUGAAGUCCCAGCCCAGCAGCGAGGAGGCUGCAGAUGGCGAGGUGGCCCCUGGCGGGGGCUACUCAGCAUCCAUCUGGGUGUUCUCCACCAUCAGUGGGCUCAUCACACUCCUGCCCGAUGGGACCAUCUACGGCAUCAACCACAGCUUUGCCCUGAUGCUGUUUGGUUACGGAAAGGCUGAGCUCCUGGGCAAGAACAUCACCUUCCUGAUUCCUGGUUUCUACCACCACAUGGACCUUGCCUAUGACAGCUCCUUACCUCUGCGGGACCUGGCCAGCUGCCUGGACGCUGGCAGCCAGAGUGGGCCUGGGGUCAGCAUGGAGGACGAGCCUGCCGGCACAGCCCAGGAUACAAAGGUGGACACCGAGACCUCAAAGCCAGCGGAGAGCCAGGACACAUCCCCUAUAGCCCUGGUCCCCACAGACCCCAGGGGCUCCCUGCCCGCCUCCCCGCCGGCACUGCCCCCUCCGGGAGGGGACAGCAUCCCAGGAGGAAGCUGGUCACUGCCCGAGUGCCUGCGAGAUGUGCCUGAGGGAGGCCCAUCCGCCCGCAGCGGCUCCUCGUCACCCGAGGGCCAGCAGCGCUCCAUCUCAGAGCAAGAGCAGCCGGCGACAGCAGAGCGCCUCAGCCGGGGCCUUCAGCGGGGGAGUCAGUCUGACCUGGGGGACACAAAGCCGUCUGCUUCCCAGGAAGACUCGGAAGCUGCUGCCCUGGGUGCAGACAGGAGCAGUGGGGAUGAGGCGCAGGGCCCAUGUCAGGAGGUACGGGUUGGGUGGGCCGGCACCAGCGAUUCAGACCAGGGCCCUGACACUGCCACCACUGCCGCGCCCCACACCGAGGGUCGCCUGGCCGGGCAGGGCCCCCAGGGGCAGCAGAGCAUGCUGCCAGGAAGCCCGCCCUCGACCCCCAGCCCCCCAGGGACGCUGCAGCUCCUGUUCUCGACGCCGCCUUUGGACGAGCCCUGGCUGGGCAUGCGGCAGGACAGAGAGGAGCUGCACACAUGCCUGAUAAAGGAGCAGCUGUCCGCCUUGAGCUUCGCAGCUCCUAGGGCCGUCUCCUACGCUGAGCUGGUCCUGACGGGGCAGCCCCUGCCUUCCGCCCCUGCAUCCUUGUCGGACCUGAGAGCCAUAGACCCACGGGGCGGCCGCUCGGGCAGCUCCUCGGCCUGCUACGCCCUGGCCACCGACCUGCCCGGUGCCCUGGAGGCUGUGGAGGCCCCGGAGGCUGGCGAAAAUUCGUUUUCCUGGAACCUCAAGGAGCUUGUUUUCAGGGACUGGACAGACCGAACUUCUUCCAACUGUUCGUGCGCCACAUCUGAACUUGGGGGCACACCCUCGCCUUCCCUGGUGGGCUCUGAUGCAGACGCGGGUGUCCUGCACAGGCAGCAGUCAGACGUGCUGAACGACCGGGAGCUGCUGCUGCUGACCGGCACCUGCGUUGAUCUGGGUGGGGGCCGGCGCUUCCGCGAGAGCCGCCUGGGCCUGGAGGAGACAGAGCCGUCCCAGACCUGUCUGGUGUCCUCCGAGCACCAGGAUGUGAAUGGCCGCCACAGCCUGAGCUGCAUCCUCCCCGUGCCGGGAGCCGGCCCUGAGGAUGACUGCCUGUUGGAGGCACCCGGGCUGAGCCUCCAGGUCACCUCCACGCCUGUGAGAGCCGAGGGCCCCGGCCCUGCACCCCUUAGGGUGGCCGACCUGCAGCCGGAGAUCCAGGAGGGCACCUACACGGGGAGCUGCUGCCACCGGGACGGUUCGCAGCUGAGUGUGCAGUUUGAGGUGCGGCGCGUGGAGCUCCAGGGCCCAGCCACCCUCUUCUGCUGCUGGCUGGUGAAGGACCUGCUGCACAGCCGCCUGGACUCGGCCCUGCGCAGCCGCGUGCUGCUGGCCAGCCUGCCCAGCUCCGCCCACUCUACCUGCGAGCUGUCCGCGGCCAGCCUGGGGGAGGUGCUUGGAACCAAACCCUGGUUUGAGGAGCCCCCCAAGGCCGUGGAGCCGGAGGGGCUGGCAGCCUGCGAGGGGGCGUACUCCCUUAAGUACAGCACGCUCAACCCGAUCGGCAGCGGGGCCUUUGGCUUCGUGUGGACGGCGGUGGACAAGGAGGCGAAUAAGGAGGUGGUGGUGAAGUUUAUUAAGAAGGAGAAGGUUUUGGAGGACUGUUGGAUUGAGGACCCCAAGCUUGGGAAGGUUACUUUAGAGAUUGCCAUUCUGUGCAAGGUGGAGCACGCCAACAUCAUCAAGGUGCUGGACGUGUUUGAGAACAAAGGCUUCUUUCAGCUGGUGAUGGAGAAGCACGGCUCCGGCCUGGACCUCUUUGCAUUCAUUGACCACCAUCCCAGCCUUGACGAGCCCCUGGCGAGCUACAUCUUCCGACAGCUGGUGUCAGCGGUGGUGUACCUGCGCUCCCAGAGCAUCCUCCACCGGGACAUCAAGGACGAGAACAUUGUCAUCGCCGAGGACUUCUCCAUCAAGCUCAUUGACUUCGGCUCGGCUGCCUACCUGGAGCGGGGCAAGCUCUUCUACACCUUCUGCGGGACGAUCGAGUACUGCGCGCCCGAGGUCCUCAUGGGGAACCCGUACCGGGGGCCGGAGCUGGAGAUGUGGUCCAUGGGGGUCACGCUGUACACGCUGAUCUUCGAGGAGAACCCCUUCUGCGAGCUGGAGGAGACCAUGGAGGCCGCGAUAAACCCCCCGUACUUGGUGUCAGAAGACCUCAUGAGCCUCAUGUCUGGGCUGCUGCAGCCUGCGCCCGAGCAGCGCACCACCUUGGAGAAGCUGGUGACAGACCCCUGGGUGACGCAGCCCGUGAACCUGGCGGACUACACCUGGGAGGAGGUGUGUCGGGUAAACAAGCCAGAGAGCAGAGCUCUGUCCACCGUUGGUCUGGAGCUGGACGGCAGGAGCCCGAGUGCCGCAGCUCGGGCCCUGGAGUCCCACGGGCCCUCGUGCAGCAGGGCAGGACCCAGAGCGCCGGGCGACCCGGCUCCCUGCUGCUCUCCGGCACUCGGUUAGGGAGGCAUGGCAUUCUCAGGCCCUUCCAUUCAGAGAGUAAGUGCUCAAGAAUUAGGCCAAGUUCACUUUCUAAAAACUCAUCUGUUAGAACAAAAGCCAGUGAUGCUGUACUAUUUUAGGUUUACCAAAUAGACUUGGAAUUCAUUUUUUUUCAUGGCCUUGAAAAAACAUUCUAGUGUUUGAGUUUUGUACUAUUAAAGGGCUUUUCAUUUGUGAAUUUGCAAAAGGCAUACAAGAGGCUUCUAAUUCUCUUUGUACUUUUGUAUAUGCGCCUGCGUUUCUGUUUCCUCUGACUUGGUGUGUGCUUGUCUGAUACGUGGAGUGUGGAGAACUGUUCGCCAAAUGACCAAACUGUUUUUAAUUUAUUUCCUUGAACGUUUUCCAAAUUAAAGCAGUUUUAUUAGUAAACAAUUACCCUGACUUGCACCACGUGAAUUCUUCUGCAGUGCUGGUAUGGGAAGCACUUCAUUUCCUUAUUUUUCCAUUUGUGCGUCUCCAUGCGCCACAGCUGGAGAGAGGUCCCGCCUUGGUCAGCUUGGGGUUCCCUCCUGUGGGUGCGCCCAGCACGUCUCUGAAGCUUGCCCAGUCUAAGGAGACUGGAGGGUGUGGUGUGUCAGCCAUCCCCCUUCUCCUUGUGCAGAGCUCAGCAGGGCUGGCCCAUCAUCUAUCUCUGCUCUGCUGUCCACCCCAACUCCUCCCAGCACCUCAGCACCCCAUGAUUAUGCAGAGGUAUCCAGCCCCAGGGACCUC